GAGCCGUUUCCGGGGGGAAGUGUGCAUAUGACGUACAGAACAGACCCGCGCUUCUCAGGGGAAGCCUUCUGGUGACGUACACGAAGUCGCGUGGGGCUGCGGAGUGUCAAGCGGACAGAGGAAGAAGGUUAUCCGUUUCAUUCAUCCUCGACUCGGCCGUGCAGCUGCCUCCCGCUGCUUUGACGUUGGUGUCGGACCGGCCCCGCCAUGACCCGCAAGAAGCCCGUGCGGCACAUCGCCGAGAUGGCACGCAAGAUCCGCGAGCACCGGGCCCUGAAGGAGCGUCCCCGCGACUCCCAGAAGUACGCCCUGGACUACGAGACCAUGACGCGGCCCUGGAGCGGGAAGCGCCUGCCGGUGCUGGCCUGGGACGACGUGCGCAGAGAGAGCCGGCUCUUCUCGCUGCUGUGCGGCCUGCGGCUCUUCGGGAUCGGGCGGCUCUUCACUCGCAAGUCGUGGCUGUGCCAGCAUGAGGAGCCCUGCUACUGGACGGUGACGAAGGUCAAGGUGGACUACACGGCUGAGAACAUGGACCAUGGAAGAGCCUGGGGGGUCCUGACCUUCAGAGGGAAGACAGACCCUGGAGUGAAGGAGAUCGACAAGGUGAUGUACCACGACUGGCGUCUCGUCCCCAAGCACGAAGAGCUGGCAUUCAAAGACUUCACAGCUGUGACAGAGUCCGCUGUGCGCUAUGUGCGCUACCCCCCUCUCCUGCGGGCCAUGAUCCUCGCCCGGCGGCAGGCUGAGGGCAGGCCAUCCACAGAGGAGCCGAUGGUGGACCUCCAGAGGAGCGCACACAUCUCUGAGGGCCACUUUAAGAGCGAGAAGAGAGCGCAGCCUGUGGACGGGACGCCGGUUUGAGACUUGGGGGCCCACUGCCCAGCUUGUGCCCGCCUGAUCCUCAGUAAAGAGCUGUGCUCUCAAAGUGCC